GACAUGUUCCAGAAGAGGGUGAGUUCAGGGAAAGACGGAGCCACACUGUCAAUCACAAUUAAGGAACCAUGGGAGGAAACUGGUGAGGAAGCUCGGCGGAACCACAGUGUUUACGCCUUCUAGCUUGAGCAAAACACACAAGUCACCGUUGAUAUUUGUUCAAAAGGCGGUGCCGUGGAGGCUUAUAUCAAGUCCGAGCGCUGGAUAUACCCGUGUUUUGACUCCCAACGCGUGGAAAAUCUGGUCUGUGCCUUUCAGAGAAACUGCCUUGUCGGCGGGUCGACUUUCGAGGGAGUGACGGUACAAGACGACACUCCCAGAAGCAACCGAAGCCGAGCGGCAAUCUCUUCCCCCCCCCACCUCCCCGACUCCAGGGAGGGCUCGCAGGGAGCAGAUAUGAGCGGGGGAGAUGUGGUGUGCUCGGGGUGGCUGAGAAAGUCGCCUCCUGAAAAAAAGUUGAGACGUUACGCAUGGAAGAAGCGGUGGUUUGUUCUUCGGUGUGGCCGUCUGACGGGCGACCCAGACGUGUUGGAGUACUACAAGAAUGACCACGCCAAGAAGCCCAUCCGCGUGAUUGAUCUCAACCUGUGCGAGCAGGUGGACGCUGGGCUGACAUUCAACAAGAAGGACCUGGAGCACAGCUUCAUUUUCGACAUCAAGACCAUCGACCGUGUCUUCUACCUGGUGGCUGACACCGAAGAAGAGAUGAAUAAGUGGGUUCGCUGCAUCUGCGACAUCUGUGGUUUUAACCCCACUGAUGACGAGGCAGCGAAAGCCGCUCACCAGUCGGCCAUCGGAGGCCUGGUGGUGGACACGGCACCGCACCCAGCACUGGGUAGCAUCGUCGGCCCAGCAGCAAUGCUGACCAGUGUGCCCCCUCCAUACCAGCCGGUCAAAGUGCGCCACCUGGACUCUCAGUCCAGUUCAGACGAGCCCCAGGAUUACCUCUGGCUCGUCAACUGUGAGAGCAAAAAGCCUGAGCCCAACAGAGCUCACGGCGAGUGUUCCAAGUCUACCUCUUCAGAGACGGACCUGAACGACAACCUGCCCUCUCACCGCACGCCCACCUCCACGUCUUCAGCCAAGCACACGUCGCACAACGGCUUCUUCCCGCAGCACCCGGCCCCCGCCUCCGCCUCCUCCAUCUACGACUCGCCCCCGUCGCGCUGUGCCUCCCUGUCGACCGACAGCAGCCUGUACCACCUCCCUCGCAGCUGCUCCCAGGACACGGUGCUGCUUCCCAAGUCCGCCUCGUCCCCCGUGGCCCACCCGGACAGCGGGGACGGCUCCGAGCUCUACGUCUUCAACACCCCGUCGCGGAAGCCCUCGAUGGAGUCGCAGCUGCGCAACCUUUCCAUCAGUUACGACAUCCCGCCCACGCCCGGCGCAAACUGCACCUAUCAGGUGCCCCGCACUUUGUCCGCGUCGACGGGCACGGGAGGCUCAGAGGGCGGGGGGGACGCAGUGCCCCCUCCCAGGCCGCCAAAGCCUUCGCUCGGUUCCACCUCAGGACCGCCGCCGCCCCCUGCCGAGCGCUCGCCCACGGACAACUACUUUGUGCCUCGCUCGGCGUCCGAGACGGACGGGAACUACUGCGUGCCCACUAGCAGCGGGAACAAGGCCUUACGCAGCAACACCAUCGGCACCGUGGACUGUUCGCGCAUUCGCAAAGAUUUUGGAUCCCAGGACUGCUAUGACAUUCCUAGAUCAUUCCCCUCUGAGAAAAACUGUUCAUUUGACUUCAAUGAAAACUUCAACAUGUACUUUAAAAAUAAAGGAAUGAUGCCUGUUGGCAGCCAGUCCACAGAGGAGGUAGACCAGAACUACGUACCCAUGAGUGCCAACUCGCCGUCGCACCACCACUCGGGCAGUUUGUCGGAGCCGAUGCACGAACCCAACUAUGUGCCCAUGACGCCGGGCACCAUGGAGUUCUCCUCCCUGGGGAAACAGGUCCCCCCGCCCGCCCACAUGGGCUUCCGCUCCAGUCCCAAGACGCCGCCUCGCAGGCCCAUGCUCAACGACUGCCAGCCCCCGCCCGUCGACCGGAAUCUCAAACCUGACCGCAAAGGUCAGAGUCCUAAAAUAAUAAGAGCAAAAGGUGUCGGUUUAGAGCGAACCGACUCUCAAACCGUAGGUGAAUUCCCGAGGGGACGACGCAAGGGAAGACCAGCUCCACUUGAGAUCAAACCACUGCCAGAAUGGGAGGAGCCCUGUACGCCCGUCCGCUCGCCUGUCACUCGCUCAUUUGCUCGGGAUCUUUCUAGGUUUCCAAUGCCGACGAGACCCGCGUCCGUGCAUAGUACGGCCUCCAGCACUGACUCCGAAGACUGUGAUGAGAAUUAUGUAGCCAUGGUCUCUAAUAAGUCCACAGAUGAACCAAAUAUGAAGCUUGGCGCCCCCAUGACUGCGGACGGGGGGAGCAGCCCUAUGGUGAAGGCGAAGGGAGACAAACAGGUGGAGUACCUGGAUUUGGAUCUUGACUCCGGCAAGUCUACCCCACCUAGAAAGGUUAAAAGCAACGGAACUGGAAUAACAGUGUCAGAUGAGCGUGUGGACUACGUAGUUGUGGACCAGCAACGGACACAAGCCCUUAAGAGCACACGGGAGGCCUGGAACGAUGGCCGCCAAUCCACAGAGACUGACACCCCUUCCAAGGGACCCAAGUGACCCAAGUGACCCAGUUCUCCUCAAACCGCCAACACACCAACCCCCGAAACCAUUGGGCCUUUCACACCAGUGUAGGCUCUGGUGUGUGUGCUUUUGGCACGAUCCGGCUGUCACCUUCCACUUCAGCAAGACCCUCAAUGUGUAGUGGAGUUUACGCUGCCGUUAGGGCUAGAACAGCACCGUGUGUACAGUUGUAGGAAGUGGGAGGAGCCAGGAAUAAGCUGAAGGCAGUAUGAAAGUAGGAGGUGGAAAUGACUAGACUGGUCUCUGGGGUUUGACUUAAGCAGACCCACAAACCGACUUUGGCUAGAAAGUCUGAUCAACAGUUCCCUUAAAUAAUAAUGCUGUUUGAUGUGGUUUUUGGAGUAUAAAUUGAAUCUCUUGAUAACAUGAUCACACUACUAGAUCCCUGCAUCACUCUUACUAACGGAGUAGAUUUUUCAGUUUCUCCUGUUUGAGCGAGUGGGGUUCCAUAGGCACUGGUCAGUUUUUACCAAGUUGGUGUGAAUUGCUGAAACUGGCACUAAAGUGUGUAUGUGAUACUUCAAACCUGAUCUCCAUGGUAACCCAGUACGGCAGCAUUUUUAUAGUUUUAUUACUUUUUUUAAAAAGUUCAAGGCAUUUUAACUCGUUCAUUUUAGAAGUAACUAAGUGCUCAAUUUAAGCUUUGGAUUCACUCAAGGUUUAAUCCACUAGCAUGAUUCGAUUUCCAUUUGGCUGUAUAUGGAGAUGCUUCAAUCUGUUAUAAUGGAAGUGCAAAGACUGUACAAAAGUGUUAUGUAUAUAAACAGGAAAAGUGUCCUUUUAUUUGCAUGGAAUAUCCAGCAUGUUUGACUUGAGGGUAUGUGGAUUCUGCAGGGUAGAAUCCUGUGCCUGUCUUAGGUGGUAUCAGGACUUGUUUUAAAUGAAUGAACUACUGUGAGUUUUUAAAAGAAAGUGACAGGUUUUCUAUAAGUUAUGCAAAGGUAUCAAACGUUAGGCUAGAGAGAGAGAGAAAAUCAGGUACUAUACAACUAAUCAUUUCUAAUUUAUUUCUCAAGUAAUUUCAUCCGGUGGAUUUCUUGUCCACUUUUAGCUCAGUAUUCUCGAUAAUUUGCUAAAGUCUGUUUAAAUGCUUAGUUUGACAGCGCCGCUCAAUUAGUUUUGCAAGUUUAUUAAUGUUCCUCAUUCCUCUCUCAUCUUAUGUUUAAUUUAUUUCAAAUUGACCUGGCAUACAGUUUGGGGAAAUUGACUGCCACAUGGAGUCAACGUGAUACAUCUUUUCUAGACGGUGAAAGUCUUUCUUUGCAUAAAUCUGUGCUUUACUAACCUGUGAACUCUGACUCAGAUCUCCCAAGCUUGUGCUGCCACAAGUUAAAAUGAUUGCUGUACAUAUUUUGCCAUCAAUUAGAUUUAACAUGUAUCAUUUGAAAAAAUGUGCCUACUAAGUCAUCUUCAUUCUACUUCACUAUUUCCUUAUUGAAGUCCUUUUGUGAUACGGACUGCAAAGCUGAUGAUGCUUUAUCUUUUUUAAUGAAUCUCCACAGAAAUUGUACAUUUUGAAAGUGGACUAAAUAAAAAUCCAACAUCCUUA